AUUCGUGUUUCUGAAGCCGACCGCCGUGAACGUAUGCCGUCGAGUGAAGGGUACGCGCGUAGUGAACAGCAAAGGUACGCCGCAUGCACGCGUCCGAGUGAUCGUAGUGAAGCAGUUUUUGGUAUGGCACACGCGGUCUGAACCCGAAAUGGGCUUCAAACUUCCGCAAUAGCAGGGUGCGAUCGUAAGAGGUGCAGAUCACAUUGAGGUGCAUUUUUGUUUUUGUUGGUGUGGAAUUCAAUUUUGGUGCUGUGCCGUCAAACGGAAGUAAAGUGGCCGAAAGGUGUAAAGCUCCCGGUCAGCCUGAGUCAACUCGGCCGGGGCGGGAUUAUAUCGGUGGGGCGCGCAGGAGGAUUUAAUUGUAAAAUCGAUGUGUCAUCAUUAAGUUUGCGAUCGCGUGAAGGAAUGUGUGGUCGCCAAUUUCCAUGCGAUUUUGUGCUGCCGAGUGUGUGUGUAUGUGGAGGUGAACAGUGUGUGUAUGCGUCCUACUUUGUAUGCGGGAAUGCGAGAAUAAGUGUCUAAUCGGAAGACUCAGCACUAGGCGUUGCUGAGGUCCCCCCGCCACGAGCUGGGCAAACCGUUUACGGCACUGAAAUUGUGAAGUAACGCGCCGAAGCUGCCCAAUUUGACAGCUAUUAGCGAAUUUUGGCGCAGGUCACGUUUUGUGUUUUGCUGUGCCACUUUUCCCCAAGCUGGCGGGCCAAUUGUGUAUGUUUUCCGUUGAUGUGAUGUGUUUGUGCGGUCUUCCGUUGUGGUCUUUAUUGCAACGCUAUUGUGUUGAUGCUCCGUGCUGCUGCUGCUGCUGAUCAUAAGCCCGCAUUUUAUGACAUAACGAAUUGCUGAUUCCGUGCUGAUAGAAUCGAUCGAUAAGUUAGUUUGGAGAGGCACAGAUUCGGGAUCGGGAAUCACACCCGGCAAAAAGGAAGCCAUCCAUCCCGACCCGGACCCAUAGUGUGGUUACCUGCGAGAUAACGUUACUUUGGGUCUUCUUCGAUGCGUGCUACCUGUUGAUGCUGUUCUCGGCUGGAUAAUAACACAAGUCCCCGGGACCCAUUCUUCACACACACACGGCUCAUUCAACUCCGGAGACUUUGGGACAUCGAGCAAAACCGUAAUCUUCUUAAAGGUCUUCGACCAACACCGAAAAAAGGGCAGGCUAUAAGACAAGAUGUCACGUUCCAACUUUGCGCGCUCACAAAGCAAAGUUUGGUUCGGCAAUGAACCGGACAGCGGACCGUACGGUGGCUUCCGGCCCUACGGCUACCAUCUUCACAGUGGACCAAUGUCGCGGCCCACCUAUCCCGCCUUUCACGAUCUGGAGGAGGAGGACGAGCUGAUCGAAGAGCAGCAAACGAGUGCGAAAAGUCCCCCGAGCGCCAACAGCUGGGCCGAAACGAACCGCCAGGGAAGCCCGGCCAGUCACAAAAGUCAGGACUCAGGGUUUUCGGACACGGAAACAUCCCUGAAUGCGGGCGGCGGUAGUCUGGCGAAGCGGGGCAACAUAAACGAUAGCCAGUCGUCCUCUUCCGGGGACGACAAGCUUACACCAAAGAGAACCGCAAACGAGGAACUGUUUGCACGGUCACCAUCCCUCAACAGUAGUGCACCGACCCCUCCAACAGUCAUCCGGAGGCCUGCAGCAGUAGAGGUCGGCGAGAAAGCUCCGGCAGGACGUCGGCUGUCGUACGGUGAUCCGACCGGUGACGUACAACCACCCGACAGUCCACGUAAUGUGUCACUGAAGAGGGGCCGUGUCAUUACGAAAAACAGUCGCGUGAAGCGCAAUCUCAGUGAGCAGUUAAGCAAUUCGUGUGAGGAGAUGAUCUCAUUGGACAGCAGCGAGCUGUCGAACAUUCUUAAUCGAACGAUACACGAAGGUGCCGAACCGGUGUCCGAAUCGGAUGCCAAUAAUAACGCGAUCAAGGGUGGUGAGCCGGUAGAGCUCCCGACGUACUCCGAACUUUAUCCGUCCCGCGGUACCUCGACGCCUAUCCGUGGACAGUCGAAGCUGUACCGAUCGUUACCACUGUCACCGAGCCAGCGGGCUGCACCACCUAUCCGGCCCGUCGUGGCACCCUCGGGGACGGACAAUUUCUACGACGAGCCCAGCAAUACCAACUCAAGCACGGUGAGUGAUGCUGGGCUGUAUUACACGAUCUACGACAAUCCGCUGCUGAAUGGACAUCAGCCGGCGGUACAGGGUUGGCUGGAUGGGUUGCGAUUCUCGUGCCAAAGUGAAGUAAUGUCGAUACUGCAAACCAAAUCCAUUGCGACCGAAGCGGGACGAUCGCUCAAACUAACGUCGACGGUGGCGGUGAAGAUAUUGCGCCAUCUGCAGGGUAAGGUAGCCACACUUCAGGGAACGUUCGAGCGGGUGGAGAAACUGUUUGCCGCUAUCAGAAAGUACCAAACACAGCAGGAAAGCAACGGUGAUCACGAGGAGGACGAGGAGGAUGAGAAGGAAAUCUACCAGAAGGUGGCACCGUUUGUCCAUGGACUUGCGACCGAUAUCGAUGUGUUCCUGCGGAAACAGCAAGGAACGGAUUACUUCGGACGGGAAGCUUCCGAGCGCGAGGAUCGAAGAAAGUUCGCGGAAAAUGCUCGUUCGUUAGCGGACAUGCUGGCGGAUCUACGAGCAGCCGCCUCGAGUACGGACACGUUCGACUACCGGUCCGUGGAAGAGGAGAUCCAGAUCGUGAAACGCUACUUCCUCAUUACGGUGCGAUUGAUCUUCAAGCACCUCGUAAGGGUAAUUGUGGACGCUGUCGAAGGUGCCCGCUGUGAGCUGAUCCUGCGCUCCAAUCUCAGCUACGUCGCCAGUCUCUCCAACCUGGACUACGGUGGACUGGCCUCACUGAACGACGCAUUCAUAGCGAAUGGGACGGUUCGGGUGUUGCUGUUGGUGUGCGUCGAAUCGAAGCUUUCGUCCGUCCGUGCACUUGCCCUGAGGGCGCUGGCGACCGUCUGCUCGACGACGGAAACAAUACGCCAGCUGGAAAGGGCCAACGGACUGGAGGUACUGCGCGAUAUCCUAGCAGCGGGUGAUGCGGACCGGACCGAGCCGGAGCUGCGGGAGGCGGUGUCGGUGUUGACGCAGAUUACUGCACCUUGGCACGGUGAGGAACAUCGGCUCGAGGGAUUGAAGCAGUACGUCCAUGCCAUCGUCGAAGCAAUCACCGAGAUCAUCGUGAAGACAAACUGCUGCCAAACGUUGCUGCUCUGCUCGGCCAGCCUGAACAACAUGACGCGCAUCGAACCGACGGCCGUGUACUCGGUGAUGUCCCAGGAUACGGUCGACAAGCUGAGAAUGGCCACGGAACAGCGUGGCCCCGGUGCAUCCAUCUUUCUCUACGAACAAUUCACCUCGACGCUGUACAACAUGUCCGCCAACUGGAAGUGCCAUCAUCAUCUCACCCAUCGGCCCCUGCUCACCUUUCUCGUGACGGUGCUCGGCCAAAAGUUCUACGACCGGCUGCCGAGCGGUGUACAGUCCGAGGCUCAGCGUAAGACGAUUCGAAACAUUCUUCACGUGCUGUCGCGAUUACUGUCCGGCGGUAGCCUAUCGUCUGGCACAUCGCUCGAACUAAUCGAGACAACGAUUGGGCCCGUGUUGGCACGCAUCGAACGGACGCUGGACGGGCGGAGCGAGCAUUAUCAGGACAUUACCUACGUCAGCCGACGGUGUAACGAAAGCCUGGCCACACGGCCGUCACACUUGAAGGAUGGGUCGGUCGAAGGUGGACAGCAGACGGGGAACGUUCAGACAGCGGCAGCACCUCACAUUACCCGGCUCACCAUCCACCGGGAUCCGGUGAAUGGGCCGGUGAUGGUGCUGGACAAAAACCGACAGGAGAGCUACGUCUGAAGGCGAUUGAAUUAUUACGUCAGGCCGACCUGUAGCCGAGCUACGGCGAGUGGCAAAGAAACCAACGAAUGCUUGUGCCAUAGAGUGAACGAAUGGUUUUCGAAACGAAACGAACGAAUCCUGGACGUGCCUUCGAGAAUGGCCAUUAGAAUGCCUGUGUAGAAUGCCUGGGCAUGGGAUGUUUAGAGCUUGAACGAAAGGGAAGACGCAGUAGGACGCGAAACUGUAUUUAUGUAUCUGUAUGUAUAGCUUCUGUUUCUUGGUAUACGUGUGACACUAGAGGAUCUAAUAUAUAUUCGAAUGUGCUCAAUUGUUGUUAUUUAUCCUCCCAAUUCCGUAGCUCGUAAGGGAAGCAAAAACAAACCCCAGAUGUAUGUAUUAUAAGCGAAAAGUGAAUACACCGAUGAACGAAACGAUGAACUAAACGAGAAGAAAAACGCUUGAAA